GACGACAUUGGCUGACAUGAUAGUUGAAGGAAGCUGGCGUGUGCGUUAAGAGAAAAAGCUUAGAAGUCAGUGUUCAAGAAGAAUUAUUUUGGGGAGAACAGAACAAGGAGCUACUGCGUGCCCACACGUGUGCAGGAGGUCGGCGAGAGACGCUCCAACUGUCUGAACAGAUCAACUGUAGAUCAACUGUCUGAGCAGAUCAACUGUAGAUCAAGGCGCCAUCUCAAAACGACAAGGGUUUCUCCCCGUCAGUCCAAUCCGCAGACCAAAGCUGCCGUCAACGGAAAUUAUAUAGGAGUUUAAAAUCGGAGGCUCGUCGAAAGAUUGCCGAAGAAUCCCCAAGUAGCGAGUACAAAGGUGUUCCUCAUACGGACUAGCUUCGGCGAGUAAAAAGUCACGGCGGAAGAAUACUGUGGGUGUAACACAACAUCAGGAGGAAGAAACUCUCGCUCGUUGAAGAAUUCCUCCCCUUGUUGACCACAGAACCGUGUGGACGGCUGAUGUUGAGACCUCGACGGAAGACAAGACGGAAUGGAUUCUCGACAGUAAGACGUGGAACGCAGUGGAACAUGUCGGACAAGAACUCUGCGUGGACUUCAUGGGGCACGGCAACGGCGAUGUCGCUCCUGUCAUCACGGCCUACAUCGAUGGACUGACCAACGGUGGUUCGCAUGGUGGAGUAACCAGUGCACCGGGGACUACAAAUCACCAACAGUCCACCGCGUCUGCAACAACACACACCAUUCCCGCAACUCACACAACUCCUACAACCCAUACCACUCCCACAACUCACACAACUCCUACGACCCAUACCACUCACACAACUCACGCGACUCCUACAACCCAUACCACUCCCACAACUCACACGACUCAUACGACCCGUACCACUCACACCACCCAUACUGCCACUCCCACAACUCACACGACUCCUACGAUCCAUACCACUCACACCACCCACACUACUCCUACUACACAUGCUGUCGCUACCCACUCUACUCGUGCUGCUACAACGCAUUCCACCCAGCACACGACACACACGACAAAGUCCGUUACACAUGGCCCCACGAACGCUCCUGUGACGCACUCACCUGGCGGGAGUGGCAUCAACGGCGUUACCAGAACUGCAAGCAUCACCAACGGGCGCUUCGAGGAAUGGCUGACCUUUCAGAUCGACAAGCCCAUCACGGGCUGGGUCAUCAAGUUGACCUGUAACGAGGCAGUCGACAGCCUCAGUGCUAGUGAAGCAGAUACUAAAGGCCACAACAGUGACAAGACGCAGUGGCAGCUGGUUGCCAAUGACGCUCACAUGACCCUCCAGCCCGGGCCGUUCGAGAUGAAGGUUGAUGGGUCGCUUGUGGACAGCAGCGCCUCAGACCUCCAGUGCUCGGCCGUGCUCAUCGACUUGGGAGUUGACAAAAACGACUGUGGCGAGGUGCCUAACAAGGGGGGCUCCAAGUACAACUAUGACGAGGUUCUCAUGAAGUCCAUCAUGUUCUUCGAGGCGCAGCGUUCUGGCAAACUUCCGGCCACAAAUCGCAUCCCCUGGCGAGGUGACUCCGGCCUCCGAGACCGCGGCACCGGCGGCGAGGACUUGACAGGCGGCUGGUACGACGGCGCAGGAUUUGUCAAGUUCACCUUCCCCACAGCCUGGUCCACCGUGAUCUUGACUUGGGGCCUACUGGAGUUCAGGGACGCGUACGAGGCCGCAGGUCAGGUGGAGUGGAUGUACGACUGUAUCAAGUGGCCGCUGGACUACCUACUCAAGUGUCACUCGGCAGACAACGUGCUGUGGGUGCAGGUGGGCGAUGGUAUGAUAGACAGCUCAUCGUGGGGCCGCCCCGAAGACAUGACGAUGUCGAGGCCCGCCUUCAAGAUCGACUCGACCAAAGGCGGAGCUGACGUUGCCAUGGAAACAGCUGCUGCAUUCGCGUCUGGCUACAUGGCGUUUAAAGAACGAGAUACGGAAUAUGCAGCAACUCUUCUGCAACACGCGGUGACAUUGUAUGACUUUGGCCUCAAACAUCCUGGAACGUACAGUUCUUACAUCAUCGAGUCGCAAGGAUACUACAAUUCCAUGGAUUAUAACGACGACGUUUGCUGGGGAUCGCUGUGGAUGUACAAAGCCACCAACAAGACCAAGUACAUGACAGAGGCACUCAAGUACUGUCACAUCACCCCUUGGAAGUAUGAAAUGAACUGGGAUCACGUUUUCCUUGGCAGUCAGAUACUGCUAUACCAAGUCACGAAACAAGAAACAUACAAAAAGAGUGUUGAAGUAUUUUUCCAGCACUGGUUCCCUAACGGCACCGUACUCAUUUCGCCAAAGGGUCUGGAUUACUAUGCACUCCCAGGCUCCCUGGGCUACGCCGCCGACAUGGCCAUGGCCGCCCUGAUGGCUGCAGAAGCGGGUAUCCACCCUGUCGAAUACCGCCACUGGGCCAUGUGUCAAAUCCACUACAUCCUGGGUGACGUCGGCCACAGUUUUGUCGUGGGAUUCGGCAAGAACCCACCUGUCAGUCCUCGGCAUCGUGCCAGCUCUUGUCCCAACCCCCCGGCCACGUGCAACAUGCACACGCUUCACGAGCCAGGUCCCAAUCCUCACCUGCUGUGCGGGGCUGUGGUCGGAGGGCCUGACGGCCGUGACGGCUACACAGACGAGCGAGAUCAGUAUCUAUACAACGGUGUCGCCAUCACCUACAACGCCGGCUUCCAGACAGCUGUGGCCGCACUUCGCUCAUCGUUAUUGAGACACACGCACCCCGAGCAGACCGGUCAGUCCACCUGUCCUUACAAAACGCCAGCCCCCUGAGCCGAAGGACGUCACUGCUGAGCCUGUCGGCGACGUUAUCACACCUUGUAGGAAUGUUGCCUUUAAUUCGAAAUUUGAUUUAUGUUAAGUAGUCUUCCCUACACUCUCAGUGUCCAUUAUGAGAUAAGUAUUAUUUUUUUAAAUCACGCUGAAUGAUAGCGAACUUGCAAAUA